CAACGAUGUCUUCAUAUCCUCGUGUCACUCGAAGUAUAACCGUUGAGCGUUGCGAAAAGUUUUUGUCGAAGGAAUUUUUUUCUGAUAUAAAUUUAUACUCACAAUUAUAUAAAAAAUGCACUGGAUCGGAAGAAUACAUUAAAUUUUCGGUGUAUAAUGUUCCAGACCUCAAACGAAUUACUUUUGAAGAGGCAGUGAAAGCUAAAUACAAACCGGCAAAACGUGGUGACUCUUUUGGUCCAAGUUGGUCUACUCAUUGGUUUCAUGUCAAUGUUCGAGUUCCUGAUGAUUGGAUCGGCGAAGAAGUUCAAUUUUUAUGGGACUCAAGAAGCGAAGCAAUGGUAUGGACUACAGACGGAACACCACUUCAAGGCCUUACUGGUAGUGAUGGUGAUGAUCGUAGAGUAGAUUAUGUUCUUACGCGUAGUUCAAAGGGUGGCGAUAAAUUUGAAUUUUAUAUUGAGAUGGCUUGUAACGGCAUGUUUGGAAAUGCAAUUGGUAGUAGUAUCAAUCCACCUGAUCCAAAUAGAUACUUUACUCUUCAUCAAGUAGAAUUGGCCGUCCCAAAUCAGGGUGCCUGGCAACUUAUGUAUGACUUCCAAGUUAUUCUCGAAAUGGCGAAAGAAGUUCCUCAUGAUACCAUGAGAUCGGCACAAGCACUCAAUGCUGCUAAUAAAAUAGUUAAUACUUUUCAACCAGAUGAUAAUAAUUCUAUCCAAGAAGCGCUUAAGAUUUCCAAUGAAUUUCUGAAACACAAAAAUGGUAGUACCCAAUAUACUUUGACCGCUGUUGGGCAUUGCCAUAUUGAUACUGCUUGGUUAUGGCCUUUUGAUGAGACGAAAAGAAAAGUUGCCCGGAGUUGGUCCACGCAAGUUGGUUUAAUGGAUAUUUAUCCUGAAUAUAAAUUUGUUUGCUCUCAAGCACAACAAUUUGAAUGGUUGAAGGAGUAUUAUCCAAAGCUUUUUAAAAAAGUGCAGGAUAAAUCUGCUAAAGGUCAAUUCUUGCCCAUUGGUGGUCGUUUCUUUGAAAAGAAUUUCGGUCAUAAAUGCAAAGUAUUUUGGCUUCCUGAUACUUUCGGUUAUUCUGCUCAAUUGCCACAAAUUAUCAAUGCUGCAGACAUGAAAUAUUUUUUUACUCAAAAAUUGUCAUGGAAUAACAUUAACAAGUUUCCUAAUACUACUUUCUUUUGGAUUGGACUGGAUGGUAGUAAGGUUUUGACUCAUAUGUGCCCUUCUGAAACAUAUGUAGCUCAAUGCAAACCCUCUGAGCUUAUUUGGAGUGUUAAGAACAAUAAAGAUAAAGAACUUAAUAAUGAUGAGGGUUUGUUAGUCUUUGGUAACGGUGACGGUGGUGGUGGUCCACUUGCUUCCAUGAUCGAGCGACUACGUCGAUUGAAGGAUGUUGACGGUCUCGCUAAAGUGAAUAUGGGAUCUGCAGAUGAGUUUUACGAAAGUAUAGAAAAGAAUUCCUCAGAGCUCGUGUCUUGGAAAGGAGAGUUGUACUUUGAACUUCACAGGGGUACUUAUACAUCUCAUGGAAAAAUAAAGCGAUACAAUCGUAAAUCGGAGUUACUUUUACGAGAUGUUGAAACAUUAUAUAGUUUCUGUCUUGCUGAGAAAGAAAAUUGUGUUUAUCCGAAAGAUCAAUUGGAUAAAAUGUGGAAAUAUGUGUUGUUGAACCAAUUCCAUGAUGUGCUGCCAGGCUCUUCUAUUGGAAUGGUAUACGAUGAUGCUAAUAAGUUUUAUCAAGAAGUUGAAAAUACGGGAACAAAACUUUUAGAAGAUGCUCUUGAUAAGCUUUUUAAAAUAUCAGCCACUGCUUCUAGUUCAAACAAAGGGUUCCUCGUUUUUAAUACACUUGGUUGGGAUAGAACUGAAGUUGUUAAAGUUCCUGUGUGCAAUGGUUUGGAUGUCUUGCCUCAAUAUACAGAAGACAAAAACUUCGGAUAUGUACUUGCUAAAGAUACGGUUGGAAUGGGAUCUCGAAGUAUUAAUAUUCAAGAGAGUUCGGAUGUGAUUCCAGUUACUG